CCCCCGCACGACUCCAACUUCUUCUUCUUGACAGCGCAAGAGCUCGAAGAGAUCGAUCAACUUCUAUCGAUAUCGAGAGACAGAGUCAUUGGGCAUUUGGAAGGAAAGCGCUCUUGUGCCCAUCUCUCUCUCUCUCUGAUGGGGAUACCAUGGUCGCUGACCUUCUUCAGCUCCACUCGCCCCCACCAUCCGUACGAUCGCAUUUCCUUACCCACCAUCACCUUCCAACCAUCUCAGCAACCUCCCUUUCCACUUUCCAACCUUCACUCCCCAACAAAUCCCAUCCCUUCAUCACUACUCCCACAAAACCCCACAACCGACGGCUGAAAAUCACAGCCGCCCACUUCAACUUCUCAUUCCCACCGCUCAUCUCUUCUCACGAAUCACGAUCAUUGGGGAAUAUGGACCUCGCUCUUCACAGCUGGUGCAUUCGGCCUCUGGUCGGAGAAGGCGAAAGUGCAGAGCGUGCUGAGCGGUGCCCUGGUCAGCACUCUGAUGGCGCUCGCCACAACCAACCUCAACAUCAUUGCUAGUGAGGUCCCGGUGUAUUCUAUUGUCUUGGAGUAUCUGCUGCCCAUCGCCAUUCAUUUGCUGCUCUUCAGAGCAGAUCUGCAUCGCAUCCUGCAGACCAUCGGGGCACUGCUUUUGGUCUUCUUGCUUGGAUCAG